AGCGAGACAAGCCAUUAGAACUGGCGGGAGCGAUGUAACUUUCCCCGAUAGAAGUGGGCAAAAUAAGAUCCAGUGAGUGUAACCAGUCCGCCACCUAGCUGCGGAGACGCGCCGACGUAGAUCUGUCGACUGUAUGAUUAUGAAAACACCCGCGCUAAUGUUGUUGCACAGUAGGCUCUGCGCUCUGUUGGGACUGAAACUCGGUUUUGGGGGGUGUUUUAACCUCCGCUGGCCUUAGUUAUGUAAUCAAAGCAACAUCUAAUGCACCAAAAGCGACGGAUUGCUGUUGGUGCGAAGGAGAAGAGCAGGACAGCAACACCUUCACCUCCUGCCGAAACGCAGUUGGCUUUGGGACGCGCUCUCGGAUUUACUCGGCUAACGCCUACAGGACAAGAGAGAGACCUUCCCUUUCUGUAUGAAAGCACCCAACCAUACUUGGACCGUUAAAGGAUCUAUUUUUGUAACCCUCUGAUCUACUCCUGCAUUCUGCUCUCCACCUUUCACCCCACCAGCCCGACAAAGCUGAUUUAAAAGUGUUAUACUGGGACCCCAACAACACCCUGCUUCUCCCCCCUGACUUCUCUGAUGGAACAGAGAGUGAAGGGGGGAACCCCUCCAACCACCACCUCCACACUGGACCCAGCUUCUGCACCUGAAAACUCUGAGCCGGACCAAGUGCCAGAGAAGAAGAGGAGAGGGGAGGUGGAGAAUGGCAGUGUGGGGAAAAAAGAGGAGGAGAAAAGAGGAGCAGGAAAAAAGAGGGAAGGAGACAAGGGGACAGUUUUGGAGCUGCUCAUCGAGGGGCGUUGUGGAAGCAUAGGGCAGCAAGAGCUUCCGAUCUCUGGCAGAGAGGCGAGCUGCCCUGAGGGAAAUGUACGAGUCCGGAUUGGACUUGAAGCCAAGCGCACCAAAAAACCGCCCAAGAUUUUGGAGAGCUACGUUUGCAAGCCCACCAUCAGGACCUAUCAGAGACAAGGCAGGGGGGGACUGCUGAGGGCGGAUGGAGAAGGCCAGCAGAGUAAAAGCAGCUCUACCACAGACGAAGCAAACAGAGAGCAACGCUCAGACUUGGAUGCUGUCCAGACCACAUCCAAAAAAACUGCAUCUGCUGCUUCCCCACCACUUACAUCAUCAUUAUCAUCCUCGUCAGCACAGAGUCUGUCGUUAUCAUCAACAUUUACUACAGAUUCCACCCCGGCCUCGGUCCCUGCCGUAACCAGCCAAGGGACCAAGACAGUCAAACAGGUUCCUGUCAAGCUGGCCGAUAAGGCAGAGGAGAAUUCAAAUAGCUCAUCAGAGAAAGUGAAGAAAGACAAGGUUUUAAGUGUCAAUGGCCAGCCUGUCCCUGCAGGACCCAAAUCUUGCUCGCCCACAGCAGACCCAACAGCCUCAACCACUCCGUCCACCCCGUGCAUGCAGACAGUUUCCGCACUGGAAACCAGGAAUGAUGGGAAAAGCUCCAAGAAACAUAAUGGUUUGGUUCAGACAGCCAAACAGAAGGGACUAUCAAAUGGGAGAAGCUCUGCAAACAUCAUUGGUACUUCAAGCUCAUCGAAAAACAAAGUUGGAAAACAAAGCAGUAUCUCCUCUGUUUCUUCCAUGAACUCCUCAACAAGGCUUCCAGGCUCCUCCAGCUCUGCAGACUCUCCCUCUUAUCACCCAGUUACCCCUAAGCAACAGUCAUCCUCCACUGUGGAUCUCUCCCCUGCUCAAUUGCAAGGCCAGGAUCCAUCUCUACAGCCCCUACCAGAGAAAAAGAAAGAGAAGAAAGCUAAGAAAGAGAAAAGGAGAGAUAAAAAAUCUAAGCGAGAUAGACUGGAUGCUGAUAGAACAAAAAGUGAGAGCAGAAAUGAAGAAGUCAAGAAGAAGAAAAAGGAGAAGGGGAAGGAUGGAAAACCAAGACAUAGUAAAGAAAAGGAUGACAAACACAGAUGUGAUGAUUCAAGGAGGGAUGAACUACAGUCUGAGAAAAGAAAAGAAAAGCUCAGUCCAGACAGACAGAAAGCUGAAGAUAAUAAUACAAAAUGCAGUGAAACAGCUGGUAAUGUUAAACUAGAUAAAACCUGUAAAGCAGUGAAUCCUAGCAGAUUAGACGAGAAAGAGAAGACAAAUGACAGUUGCAAGCCAGCAAAACAAGCGGAACCAGCAACAACAGGUGAUACCAGUAAAUCAAAAGAACAAGACAUCUCAAGACAUCCAACUGUGCCUCCAACCCACUCUAUUUCUUCUGCUCCUCCCCCUUUGCCCAUGCCUUCUGCCCAUGCUCCCAUUUCUCCCCCUUCAUCGCCCCCUGAGCAGGACAGCCGACCGCUCAAGAAACGCAAAGCCAGAAGGCCCAGCUGGACCAAGCUGGUGCACCGUGCUCAGAGGUUGGAAAAUCAGGAAUCCCCUUCGGAUUCUCUACAUAAUUCUUUUCAAAGUUUCCCCCAAAUCACCAAGACGCUCCUUCCUGCCAAAGCCCCAAUUCAGCAGACUGACGAGUCAGACCCAGCACAGUCUAGCUCUUUAUUCAGCAGCUCCUCUCCUCUGUCUUCUGGAGUCAAACCUCCAACUCCAAAGCAGGAUCAACUUACAUCCGAUUCAAGCCCCUCUGCAUCCAGAGUCCCUGUAAACACUAUUCGAAAAAGGGGUCGACCAAAAUCUCACAGCUCAAGUAUAGAUGAGCCUCCCCCUCGACUUUCACCAACGGAUAUCCCAACUGAGGUGCCUCAUCUGGGGUGCGAUCGAGUUCAAACAGCCCCUGUGCUAGAGCCAAGUCCAGUCCUGCAGUGUGCUGCUCAGUCUAAAUCCAGCCCCAAGAAGCGUGGCCGUCCUCCCAAACGCCACUUUCUUGAGGACCAGAGUGGAGAUGCACUGAAUCGCACAGAUCACAUGGAAAGGAGUAAAGAUUUUUCUCCUCCUGAAAAGGGGAAUCGGCAGCUAAAGAUAAGGAGACUGAUUAAUGAGAUGAAGAAAAGAAAGAAAAGAAGACUUCAUAAAGCUAUUCUGUCUGGUUAUGUAGGAAAGGAGGGAAAGGGAGGCGAGGCAGCAGACGGGAAAACCUCUUUGAGAAUGUGUAAAUCGAUUGAAGCUACAACAGUACACACACUUUCAGCCCUGUCUUCCUCAUUUGGGAGCAAGCUGGGCCCUCAAAUCAAUGUGAGCAAGAGAGGGACCAUCUACAUGGGCAAGAGACGAGGACGCAAGCCUAAAUCUCAAACAGCUUACCUAAAUUCCAGGUCUCAAAACUCCACUCAACUAUCUCUGUUUACCACUUCCUCUGAAACAUCUCUCUUCGCAUCUAACCAACCACAGCAUCCUCCCUCUCAUCCCUUUCCUUCCCCAUCUCUUACCCACUCCAGUGGAGCCCAGAGCCCUUACAGCGAAGGCAGCCUCACAGAACCGACACCUUCCCUCCUUUUUUCUCACCCUUUCUCCCUCCCUUCCCCAUCCUCCUCCUGCACAUCCCCCCGUCCUCCCUCCUCUUCAUCCCUCUCCCCCUUUGUGAAGAAGAGUUGUCCAUGUCAGGGAAGGCAUCACUUCCCUUUCCACCAGUCGUCAUGUAAGCUCUCCUGUGCCACCCCUCCAGUCCAUCACACACCUGGCUCUCCCGGGCACUUGAAAGAAGCCACCCCCUCCCCCAGGAGUGAGUCACACAGCGAUGAGACACUGCCCAGUGACAGCGGGAUUGGGACAGAUAACAACAGUGUCUCAGAGCGAGGGGAGAUGAGGGGAGCUCGAGGAAUGCUGAGGUUGGGUCAGGGGUCAGGGGUGAUUCUAGGGGGUCAAAGACUAUCUUCUUCUCUUGUAGACCGACCUUCACCAGUCUCAUCCCCCCUCGCUCAUAUGCCUAGGCACACAAACCCUCUGAGUAGUUCAAACAUCGGGGAGCGGCACAGAGACAGACACCGGCAUAGGCAAAGGGAUUAUGACUGUUCCUCUUCCUACACCUGCUUGUGUCCUUGCCCCUGUCCGGGACACAACAAGUGCACUCACACGGACUAUUAUCCUUGCGUUGGGCACACUGCUUUGAAGAGGCAGAAAAAUAAACAUAAGAAGAAGCACCAGCAGCUGCUCAUGCAGGAUCCAGAGUUUCUGGCAGAGCUAGAUGAUCUGAUUGCUCAGUUUAAUGAGAUCCACAUCGGCCGGAGAAGCUGGGCGAGGGUAGGACUGGGUCAGGGGUUUGAUGGGAGUGCUGCUGGAGGAAGGCGACACCAUUCCUCCUCUCAUUCCCUCCGCUCUAACAUAUUCAGGAUCAAUCUAAAUGGCUUCUAUUCGCCUCACCCAUCAUCUUUUUCUGCCAACCACUCCUUCACCCCACAGUCUUAUUACCCCUGCCACUGCAACAGGAAGCCAGAGAGCAGGCAGUGUGGCUGUCCAUCAAAGUUUCAGGAAACAAUUGAAAAUGUGGGGUUUUAUAGCAGCUAUCACCCAGUGCCCCCAACACUCUACCACCACCUCCCUGCUUCUUACCCACUUCCACCCCCUCACCAGUAUGCCCCCCAUCAACCUCAUCACGCUCACUUCUUCCUCAACCCAGCCAGAUUCCACCGGCGGAGGAGUAGGUUGCUAAGGGAGGGAGCUUUAGGGGGAGAGGUCGAGGGAGAUCUAGGGGGAGGAAGCAGAGGAGGAGGCUCUGGGUUCACAUCCAGCCUCUCUUGUGGCUGUGGGAGGAAUGAACACAAACACAAACAUAAACAUCGCCACAGGCACUGUGAGCGAGAUGUGGAUGAUAAAGAGGAGUUACAUGAGGACGAGGAGGAACCAGAGAUGUUGGCUGGUUCAAAAGGACGGUCAGGGUUCAUUUUGGGGCAAGGAGAAGGAAGAAGGAAAGCUGCAAGAGGAUCAGGGAAUAUGCUGUCUAAAGAAUCACCCUGGUUACGUCAGAAUGGAAACAUUCCAUUCUCUACCACUGCUUCCUCCUCCUCCUCAUCUUCAGCAGAGAGGUACAAACAUACAUCUCUCACCUCACUGGGGCUGGGUUCUUCUCACCUGUCUUCAUUUGGAGGCGGCUGGGGUGGCUUGGGCCAGAGCUUGACAAAAUUUGGAAACCUUGGUAGCCCAGCAUUUGGGAACUCAAACCCCAGCUGGAGAGGCUUCACUGGCGACCAGCUAGCAGGAAGACUGACAGUAUCAGAUGAGGACGAUGAAGAUGACGAGGAUGCUCAUGAGUCUCACCUAUACGAGACGUCCACACCUCCGUCACAUACCAACUUGUUCACUUUUGCUGCCAUGGCAACAGGGGGGCGGGGUUUGAGGAGUGGAUUGUUUGGUAGGAAUCCAGGAAGUGGAGAGGGGUCGUGGAGGAGAGAUGAACCAGCAUGGACAGAGCGGAGGGAGGCAGGUUUACAAGGUGACUCGAGGAGCCGUGGGCAACAGAAAAGUGUGCCAACUUCAGACAAUGUGGCGGUGAAAAACAAAAGAGGGCCAGGACGACCCAGGAAACACCCACUGCCCUCACCCUCUCCCAAUCGCUCUUCUGCAACUCCGUCCAUGUCAUCAGCUGACCUCUUGUCAGCACGCAGCCACAACAGAGAUGGGAGAGAAGUGGGAGGGAAAAGAGAAGAAACAGUGGCAGAGAGAGGAGGGGGCAACAUGAUACAGCAGGUGACAGAACUGGAGUUGCAGGCAAAGAGGAAGAGAGGACGGAAGAGAAAACAUGGUGACUCAUCUUGUCAUCAGAGUCUCAACAUGGAUAAAACUGAGUGUGACAACCCCCCUGAAUGUCAGUCAGAUGUUGACCAGGCCUCCUUCCAGUCUCUAACCAUCCAGAGAGAAGAGAGAGCUGAUGGUCCUCCCUGGAAGAAGUUUCUGAAGGCAGGGCUUUACUCUGAUGAUUACAAAACUACAGAUCCCCCCUCCCACUCCCAGAAGAACUGCAGCGAGAGUAUGGAGUACACCCCAGGGGAGCAUGAGUACAGUCUUUUACCUGCUCCUAUACAUGUUGGAAAGUACUUGAGGCUAAAGAGAAUUCAUUUUCAGCUGCCCUAUGAUGUAAUGUGGCUGUGGCAGCACAACCAGCUUUACCGGCAGCCUGCUGUUCCCCUGAAGAGGAAACGACGUUACUGCCGCAUGAAAGAGAGGACUGCAUCUUCCCUGCAGACAGUGGAGGAGAGCUCCAGUGACAUUACCAGCCUUUUCCCACACCUCGACAUGGAGCCUCUGACCAGCAGUGAGAGGAGCUUUGUAGUAAAACACCACGUGUUCCUCGUGAGGAACUGGGAGCUCGUGAGAGACCGACAGAUCCAAAUGAGGAUAGAAAGAGAGAGGGAGAGAGACGAGGACAGGGAGGAGGGAGAGGAAGGAGAGGAAGGCGAUUCGCAAAGUCUGUCCUGUGAUGGAGCCAAUGGGGACGACAGCCACAUCAAGUCAGAUCAGUCCGUGGGGGUGGAGGUGACGGUAAUCAGCAGUGACCCCCACCACAAAAGUCAGGACACCUCCAGCUCGCUCACUGCCAGUCCCUAUCCCACCAAAACCCAGAACAGUCAAGAGGAGGAGGGAGAGGAAAUAAAACAAGGGGAAGGAGAGGCCUGCAGCAGAGAACAGAGGAGGAAACGGCUGAAUGAUUUACUUUUGACCCUGCAGCAUUCAUAAGCUAACACAGACGGAGGCGGAACCGCUCUAAGAAAGGGACCAGCCCCACCACUGGACAGAUGGACAACAACUGAUGUCACAGCACUGCAAUCAGCAGUAGUAGCGCCCCAGAGAACAUGCGAGAAAAAGCAAGGGGAGUUGGAAAAUGAUAUCGGCUGAAAAUGAAAGAAAGACUUCUCGCACACUGAUAGAUGAGUUUGUUGACCUUGCGCUUUGAAGGGCAUCACACCAAGCAUGAAACCAUGGCAACACAUCUUUUGUCCGAGCAACGAGAGAUGAGAGAAACAGAGAUAGACUGUCCUGGAUGAAAGAAACAGACCAGCUGAAAUGAAUUUGCACUAGUGCUGGAUGAACAAGCACACUAAAGACUGUAUGUACGCUGAGUGGACACACUAUAAACACACAUACACUUUGAUUGCUCUUACUUCGGCACCUUAAGCAAAUCAGGAAAGACAGACGUUGCACGGGAGGUUGAAAGUGGACAUAUAUGGUACACAGCAUUUUGGCUCCGUAGUUUCCAAGAGACAAGGAGCUCACAAGCAGCCCAGGGGAACGUGAAUGUAGCCUGGGCCCUAAGUAGGUCAAAUUUGAACCCUCAUUUACUUGUUAAGCUUUCAAAGUCACAUUGCACCUUUGGGAGAUGGCAUAAAGAGAAGUGAGCCAGUUAAAAACUGUUGAGACAGUGUUGGGGUUUUGCUUCACUUUAACAAGACAGUGUCUGCCAUGUACCACUGAACAGGCUGGGGAGGGGGUGGGCUUAGCAAUAGGAAUUUUGGCAUCGCUGCAAGAGAAUUUCUAAUUAGGUUUUAAGAAAGAGGUUAUUUUUGGAAAAAAAACGACAAAACAAAAAGGGACAGCUUGAGUGCUGCCUGUUAUAGAAAUGGACAGAAUAUAUUCAUGACAGAAAUGUUUAUUGUUACCUAUUUUCAGUAUUGCUUCUGAGAGAGGGGACAUGGAUGUGUGUAAAGUGGUUUUGUUUACUUCAGACUGCCUUUGAGAAUGUUUCACUCUUUGCUUCUGAGCAUUGACAAUCAGAAUGUCCUCAGAGGGCGAGAGCAGAGAGGAAAGGGAAUGGAAACUAGAACUGAUUUACCCCAAAUGCUCUGUAGAAGUGCCAUGUUGUCUUGUGUGCGUACCUAAGCAAACUCAUACAGUCUUUAAAAGCAAUAUCUUCUCUGAUAAGGACUAUAAAAGAACUUCUGUUGUUCUUUUUUUUUGUUCAUUUUUUUCUUUUUGUUGUGAAUAUUUGGGGGUUGGAGGUUAUUUUUCUGUAAAAAUGAAACGUAGAUUGUUAUCAUCUUUAGAGCAUCUGGGAAACCCACUUAGUGGAAGUAAGCUUUCAGUUUCAUGUGAAUGUACAGUACAUAGAGAGACUUGUUUUUCUUCCAUCAGCAGUAGCGUGUAAAACUAGUAUUAUACAUGACAAUACUAUCUGGAUUAUCCAUAAAAGCUAGUUAUCACACUUUCAUUUUACUAAGAUAUUUUUAACAAAUUAUUCAGCUGACCAAUAUAUCCGACAUUUCUCUUUACAAGUGACUAUGAUUGUAUAUGAUUUUUUGUAGUUACAUAUUUUGUCUCUUUAUUUUUUAGCUGAGUACGUUUGUUUUUGGUCAGACAAUCAGUGACAGUGAAUUAGUUUUUCCAGUGUUAAAUUCCUGCUCUCUUUCAGUAGUGUGGCUUUUUAUAAUAAGCCAAGAAAGUGCAAUUUCUUUGACUGUUUACAUACUGUAUGUAUAUUUUUUCCUCGUUCCUUUUUUUAAACUAAGAGCACUACAUUAUUGCCAGUGGAUGAUUAACUUUAUAGCAAAGGUACACAUAAAGAGUUAUUUAUCUAGUUUGCAUGAUAUGUAACCUUUGCCUGUUGCCUCUGAUGGUGUGCAUCUGAAAAAAAAAACAUCAAAAAACAGUGAUAACUCAAUGCCAUAGAAUGUCCGCUCAAACUUUUUGCCUCUAUAUCCAUAAUAAUAAAAAGCAUUUUAUGUCUACUAGUACUAAAUCGUAGAAAUCCUUCGUGUAAAGCCACAAGGCCUCCUGCAUGCUCUUGUGUGUAUUUUGAAUGGAGUACUGCAGCAAUGUUAAUCAGCUUGAGCUAACAGUGCUAUCUAGUGGUGUUAGAUUGUAAAUUUCAUCUGUGUUGUCCUCCAUAAUGACCCCCAAUGGAGGAAGGCAUGAUCAAAGGAGCUCGAUUACAAGAUGGGGGAGGGGUGGAGCUCAUUCUGGAGAGAUAUUUGCAUUUUAUCGGCCCUCAGAACAUCUGACAGCCUCCUGGGAACAUUUAAACCGAGAGAAAGAGGUAAGAGAUGUCUGAAAGAUUCCCCAAGAGCUUGAAAAAAGAUGGAAAUUUGCAGUUAAGUAUGUGGGUGUUUAACAAAAGACUAGUUUAUUAACUUAAUUUGUUCCUAUAACACAUGCAAAACACUUUUUAAAAAUAAAAUAAAUCUAACUAUGAUUUGAAAAAAUUACAAAAUCAAUAUAGGUAAUGUUAAAAAUUAACCUUAUUU